AUGGGCGGUUUCACGCAUUAUAUGCUGGCCAGCGCCUGGCUGCCUCUGACGCUGGGAGCGGCGAUCUCACCAGCUCCAACUUCAUCCACGGCGUCAUGGGGACCAGUAUUCACCGUGCCAGCGUCCGCCGACGAGGGUGCUCAGUUGGUAGCCAACAUCAAUGAUCCCCAAUCGGUCAAUGCGCAAACGGUCUGCCCAGGCUAUGUGGCGUCGAACGUCCAAAACAACGAAUUUGGAUUCACUGCUACAUUGAACCUCGCUGGAAAAGCUUGCAAUGUCUAUGGGACAGACGUUAACUCUCUGAACCUGACGGUGCAAUACCAAGCAAGCGACCGCCUGAACAUCAACAUUGGCCCAGCACAUGUCGAUGCUUCCAACGAAUCUUGGUAUAUCCUGUCUGAUGAUUUGGUCUACAAGCCUACGGUUGAUGGAACUGCUUCCAUUUCACAGAGCGACCUGUUGGUCUCGUGGUCGAAUGAGCCUUCCUUCAACUUCAAGGUCAUCCGCAAGGCAAAUAAAGAUGUACUUUUCAAUACAGAGGGUACAGUGCUGGUAUACGAAAAUCAGUUCAUCGAGUUUGUCAGUGCACUACCUGAAAAUUACAAUCUCUAUGGCCUCGGCGAGAGGAUUCACGGGUUGCGACUGGGGAACAAUUUCACAGCGACCACCUAUGCGGCUGACGCUGCAGACCCCAUUGACGCGAACAUAUACGGAACUCAUCCUUUCUAUCUGGACACUCGAUACUAUGAAGUGGAUUCUAAGCAGGGAACAUAUACUUUGCUCACCACCAACGAAACAGAUCAAUCAAAGGAAUACACUUCUUUCUCCCACGGUGUUUUUCUGAGAAAUGCACAUGGCCAGGAAGUUCUGUUGCGUCCCGAAGGGAUCACCUGGCGAACAUUGGGUGGCAGCAUCGACUUGUACUUCUAUUCGGGUCCGACACAGGCUGAUGUCACCAGGAGCUAUCAGACAAGCACGGUUGGUCUGCCAACAAUGCAGCAGUAUUAUACUUUCGGUUAUCAUCAGUGCCGAUGGGGGUACCAGAACUGGUCCGUAAUGGCCGAUGUGGUCUCCUCGUUCGCAAAGUUCCAGAUCCCUCUGGAGACCAUAUGGUCAGAUAUCGAUUAUAUGAAUGCGUAUCGUGACUUCGAGAAUGACGCGGUCCGCUUUUCGUAUAGCGAGGGCGCGGAAUUCCUUGGACAACUACACGAGAACGGCCAGCACUGGGUUCCCAUUGUCGAUUCGGCAAUCUAUAUCCCCAACCCCGAGAAUGCCUCUGAUGCAUAUGACGUCUACACACGCGGAGAAGCUGACGGCGUGUGGAUGACAAAUCCUGACGGAAGCCUAUACAUUGGAGCCGUCUGGCCUGGUUAUACCGUGUUCCCAGACUGGCACAAUCCCAAGGCUCAUGAGUUCUGGUCAAAUGAGAUCGCAACAUGGCACCAGAAAGUGGCAUUCGAUGGCAUCUGGAUCGAUAUGAGCGAAGUCUCCUCGUUCUGUGUUGGCAGUUGCGGUACUGGAAAUCUGACUCUCAAUCCUGUUCAUCCUUCGUUCCUACUCCCCGGAGAACCAGGAGCUGUCAUAUACGAUUAUCCCGAAUCCUUCAACGUCACCAAUUCUACUGAGGCAGCCUCUGCGUCUGCCGCUUCGGUCAGUCAGGCUGCGGCCACAGCUAGCGCAAGCGCAUCGACGACUACAAGCUAUCUUCGAACAACACCCACACCUGGCGUACGUGAUGUGAACCACCCUCCGUACGUCAUCAACAAUGUCCAACCUGGACAUGACCUGGCUGUUCAUGCCGUAUCCCCCAAUGCUACCCACAUUGACGGGGUCUCAGAGUAUGACGUGCACAACCUCUGGGGUUAUCAGAUCCUCAACGCUACCUAUCACGGCCUGCUGAAGGUUUGGGAAGACAAGCGACCUUUCAUCAUUGGUCGAUCGACAUUCGCCGGCAGUGGUAAAUGGGCUGGCCACUGGGGCGGAGACAACACCUCGUUAUGGGCGUACAUGUUCUUCUCUAUCCCACAGGCCCUGUCCUUCUCGCUCUUCGGCAUUCCCAUGUUUGGAGUCGAUACGUGUGGUUUCAAUGGGAAUUCCGACGAAGAGCUGUGCAACCGCUGGAUGCAGCUCUCUGCCUUCUUCCCUUUCUACCGUAACCACAACGUCCUGUCAGCAAUUUCUCAAGAGCCAUACGUGUGGGCUUCCGUCAUUGAUGCUUCCAAGGCCGCCAUGAAGAUCCGCUACGCGCUGCUCCCUUACAUCUACACCCUAUUCUACCUCGCACACACCACCGGAUCAACCGUUAUGCGUGCCGUCUCUUGGGAGUUCCCCAACGACCCAUCCCUCGCCGCAGUCGACACCCAGUUCCUGCUUGGGCCCUCUCUGAUGGUCGUCCCCGUCCUCGAACCACAGGUAGACUACGUCAAGGGUGUCUUCCCCGGUGUCGCCAAUGGCGAGGUCUGGUACGACUGGUACACCCAGAGCGUAUUUGAUGCAAAGCCCGGCGUCAACACCACCAUCUCCGCUCCUCUAGGCCAUAUCCCCGUCUUUGUGCGUGGCGGAAGCAUCCUCCCCAUGCAAGAACCCGCUCUAACCACACGAGACGCGCGAAAGACACCCUGGGCCCUAUUGACUGCUCUGAGUGCAAAUGGCACUGCCUCCGGACAAUUAUAUAUCGAUGAUGGAGAAAGCAUCACUCCUAACGCAACUCUCAAUGUCGACUUCGUUGCUUCUAAUUCGAACCUCGUCGCAUCUCCGCGCGGCUCGUGGGUGGAAAAGAAUCCCCUCGCGAACGUGACUGUUUUGGGAGUUCCGACUGCGCCUUCGUCUGUGACUUUCAAUGGUGCUGCUGUGCCGCGGGCUUCUGUGGCAUAUAACUCUACCUCGAAGACUCUAUUCGUGGGAGGACUGCAGGAUUUCACCAAGACUGGCGCCUGGGCUGAUAAGUGGGUGCUCAAGUGGUAA